GGGGCCUGGUCCUGUGAGCGUUCGGAGACUGCGGGCGCGCAGACCUGUACUGGGCCCACGCCCCGGCCCCUUACAGAGCUGGGUGUGUCCCUCCGAGUGCCCCCCGCUAGGGACUGUGCAGGCCGGAGCUAGGCAGGGACAGCGGGGCGAGCCGGGCUGAUAGAGUCGGUCCCUGCUCCUGUGAGGCUCUCACCGAAUCCCUACUGUCUCCGGGCAGCUGAAGAGCGCUGGGCCCUCGCGUUGCGGGCGUGGCUGUGGCCGUGUCUCCUGGUAGUCUGAGCCCACUGUGCGUGUGCAUCCACGUGGGAGCUGGGUUCCAGAGCCUGGUCCUGAGGAGGAGCCGAGCCGGGGGUAGGAGGCCGGACUUGGCGAGGGAAGAGCACGACCCCGGGCAGCAGUGCGCCGCGCCGGGCGCACCGGGGUUUGCCGGCCCUGCUCUGGGCCCUGCUGGUCCGCUGGCCCCGCCGCGCCUAGUGGGGAUGCCCCGUGUCCCCCCAGGCAGCCCCAGCCUGCGUCCCGCUCCCUGAACUCUCGGGAGGACCACAGGGCUGUGGCCGAAGAACAGAGAUUUGGACCUAGUGAAAGGACGCCGCUCCUUAGCCCCAGCUAUGGACUCCACAGCAUCAGGUUUGGCUCUGGAGCGUGCAGAGGGCCAAGAGCCCUCUUGGGGAGCUAGUACCGGGCCCAAUAUCAGGAGGACCCCAGGAAGAGGCCGGGGAAUCCCACUGAAGGCUUCCCCUUCUCAGAAUCCUGCUCUUCCUCCAGAGAGAUUCCCAGGAGAAGAGGGAACAACCAAUUCAUUCCUGAAAGCCAGGCCUCGGGACCUGAUGACAUUUGAAGAUGUGGCUGUGGAAUUCAGCCAGUGGGAGUGGGGGCAGCUGAACCCUGCUCAGAAGGACCUCUACAGGGAGGUGAUGCUGGAGAACUUCAGGAACUUGGCCAUUCUGGGCCUUCUAGUAUCCAAACCAUAUGUGAUCUGCCAGUUGGAGGAAGGGGGUGAGCCCUUCAUGGUGGAGAGAGAAAUCUCAACAGGAGCCCACUCAGACUGGGAGAGAAGGUCUAAAUCCAAGGAAUCAAUGCCAAGUUGGGGAAUUUCCAAAGAAGAAUUAUUCCAGGUAGUAUCAGUGGAAAAACAUAUUCAAGAUGUGCUGCAGUUCUCCAAGUUGAAAGCAGCCUGUGGUUGUGAUGGCCAGUUAGAGAUGCAGCAGAUAAAACAGGAGAGACACCUGAAACAAAUGUCAGCCACUCACAAAUCUGCCACCACCCUUAGCAGAGAUUAUAAAUGGAAUGGAUUUGGGAGAAGCUUAGGUUUAAGAUCAGUCCUUGUUAACCAACACAGCAUUCUCAUGGGAGAAGGAUCUUAUAAAUGUGAUACAGCAUUCAGGCAGACUUUAGGGGGAAACAACUCUCAGAGAACGCACCCAGAAAAGAAAUCUUGUAAAUGUAAUGAAUGUGGGAAGUCCUUUCACUUCCAGUCAGAACUUAGGCGCCAUCAGCGAUGUCACACUGGAGAAAAGCCGUAUGAAUGCAGUGACUGUGGAAGAGCCUUUGGUCAUAUUUCAUCCCUUAUUAAACAUCAAAGAACUCAUACUGGAGAAAAGCCCUAUGAGUGCAGUGAAUGUGGGAGAGCCUUCAGCCAGAGUUCAUCUCUUGUUCUGCACUAUAGAUUUCACACUGGAGAGAAACCCUACAAAUGUAAUGAAUGUGGACGAGCCUUUGGUCACACUUCAUCCCUUAUUAAGCAUCAGAGGACUCAUACUGGAGAAAAGCCCUAUGAAUGCAGGGAAUGUGGGAGAACCUUCAGCCAGAGCUCAUCACUCAUUGUGCAUUACAGAUUUCAUACUGGAGAGAAACCUUACAAAUGUAAUAAAUGUGGGAGAGCCUUCAGCCAGAGUUCAUCUCUCACUCAACAUUACAGAUUUCACACUGGAGAGAAACCCUACAAAUGUAAUGAGUGUGGAAGGGCCUUUGCUCAUACUGCAUCCCUUAUUAAACAUCAGAGAAGUCAUGCUGGAAAAAAACCCCUAUAAAUUCAGUGAAUAUAGAAGGGCUUUCAGUUGGAGUGCAGACAUCACUGGAACUUAAAGAAUUCAUAUCAGAGAGAGAUCCUAAAGGUGUAAUGUAUGUGGGAAGACCACAUCUUGUUCCACAUCAGGCAAUAAUUACUAAAGAGAAUCCCUAUCAAUGUCAAGAGGGGGUGGGCUUCCCCUCUCUUACCAAACACGGGAGAAUCCAUACUAGUGAGAAACCACGUGAAUGUAAUGAAUAUGGGAAGGCUUUGAUCAGAGGAUGCAUAUUAUUCAGCAUCAGACAGCCGACACUGGGGAGGAGCCUUAUCAAUGCAGUGAGUGUGGCAAGCCUUCAGUUACAUACUGAUUCUUUAAGAAAAUCAGAUAACUUGUACUGGAGAGAAAUUCUACAAGUGUGGUAAGUAUGGAAAAAUCUUCAGUUGUAUCUCUUCCUUUACUAAGCAUCAAGAACACAUACUAGAGAGAGGCCCUAUGAAAGCAGGAAAUAGAGGAAGGCCUUCAGUCAGAGCUCAUCCCUUAUUAAGUAUCAGAAAAUUCAUACCUGAGAAAAACCUGUGAAUGUGGGUAAUGUGGGAGAGCCUUCAGCCAAACCUCAUUGCUUUAUAAACCCCUUAGAACUCUCCCUACUAGCUGGAAACUCUGGUGACGUGAUGAGUGUGGGAAGGGCUUUGGUGGAUGUUCCACCAAAACACGUUAGAGAAUUUGUACAUUAGAGAAUUUGUGCUAGAGCAACGCUUCAAAGUUAGUGAAACUGGGAGAACCCAUUAGUAGAGUUCAAGCUUCAGUAUUCAUCUCAAAGAGAAACCUUGGGAACAUGAUGAAUGUGAGGAAAGUUCCUUUCCAACUUGAGAUGUAUAAAACUAGAGCUGAAAAGAAGCUGAGAAAUCACCUUGUCUGGUGAUUUUCUGCCUGGUGGGGCCAUUUGUAUAACCACACUUGUGCAUUGCCUCCUCAUGCUGUUACUGACGGGGCAGGGUGUCAUGCAUGGGUGCAGAGGAUGGAGGCUGAGAAAGGUAGACAGCUACCCAUGAUCUAGCCCAGUCGUAUUUUAGAGCUAAUAAAACUGAUGUUCAGAAA